AUGAAGCAUAAUUUCCUGAAAGAGUGCAAUUUCCAAGCUGUCACGUGCAAGCUUUGCAAUGCCAAGGUGCUUCCUCGGCAGAUUGUCAACCAUUACACGAAACGCGGCCAACGUAGGAGCUCUUUGCCUGGUGAGGAUUAUUUCCAUGGUGAUCUUGUCGAGUUCCAGAAGGAGAUGUUGGCCUCAGUAAGAAAAAACGGAGAGAAGAUGACUUCAAUGGAACAGCAGCUGAAGAGAAUUCUCGAGAAACAGGAACACUUAGACACUACACUGAGCCACGUUGGAAGGGAGUUCCAUGAGCAAGUGCGACAGCAAUGGAGAAUCUCCGACGAGGCUGUGAACAGGACACUGGAAACGUCGUUGGGAGAUUCGAAGAUGAACUUGUCGAAAAUUCUCGAGAAACAAGAUUGUGCAGCUGCUGAGCUGAGCAAUGUCGCCAGACAGUUUCAUUACCGCAACGAGGAACAGGCAAAAGCUUACAGUGAGGUUACGAAGACAGGCAUUCUACUAGAAAAACUGCUGCAAGAUACUCACAAUAACUUUUCUGCAAUCACUGAAAAGGUUAUCAACUUCUCCUCGGAUAUUGGAAGAACGAAGGAAUGCGUAGAGUCGAAUUCAAAUGAUGUGUCUCGAUGUCUUCAGUGCGUUAGAGGUAGCAUAGCCGAUGUGUCAUGUAUGUUGGCACGGCUAGACGACGGCCACGAAAACCUGGAGAACAUAAAACGAGACCUACAUGUGUUACUGCAGCAUUCAGAGGAGGCGAUGAAGUUUAUCAACAUGGAUACGGAAGCGAAGGAAAUGAAACCAAUGGCGAGGGUAGUUCUCGACGUCAACCAGAAAAUGAAAUCUAUGGAAGAAGCUACGAGUAGUCUACAUCUUGUAUGGUUGUCUGAGGCUAACGAAGUUUCCCGUCAGAUACAUGGAUUUUCAGAGUUUCGAAAGGAAGGAGAAGGAAAGAUUGCCUUUCGUCGUUCUGAUGUUUUCGUUUUCUGUGGGUACCCUGUAGGGUUAAGAGUAGAGAUCUACAAACGAGAUGGCGUCCUUUACCUCAGCUUGUAUUUCACCAUUUGUCGGAGCUGGAGGAAUUCUCUUUUGAAGUGGCUAUUCUCCAUUCCUUACACCCUUAUAUUGUUCCAUCCAACGGACAAGAUGAAUAUUGAAUACUCUGUAACAGACUUUAAUGCUUCCCACAAGGAUGAGUGUAAUGUUUUCUUCAGGCCGACUACAUCUUUUAACCUUGGAUGGGGUGCACGUAAAUUUUGCAAAGUGAAAGACAUGGAAGGUGGCGGAUUUAUAACUGAUGAUUCAUUCUGCGUUGGCGUCAUAGUUUGUCAAACACGGUAA